AUGAAUAUUAUAAAAAUAAUUUCUGGCAUAAUUUUACGACAAGGCAAUGUACCUCUGGGGACUGCCUCGAGACUGAAAACUGGAGCUGUUCAGGGAAUCCCUAGGCCAGGGACAAGGGGCGGAGUUAUAGGAACUGGAAUGGCCCUCUUGUCUCAAGUGCAAGUUUCCGAUAGGCCUGUCACACAACAAGGUUUGGGCGGUUUGAAGACCACCACCAAUAAAGGCAACCAGCGAAUGGUUCAAGAUAAGACGUACUUCCUUGGCGUUUUGAGAGCCGAAUCUUUAGCUCAGGAGUUGGAAACCUUGCGUGGUGAAUUGGGGGACUACAACACUUUAGUCGACAAGUUAAACACAGACACCAAUAUUAACGACAUGCAGCUCGAAGUUAACGAU